GGACUAUCAGCCGAGAAGAGGAGUAUGCAUACAAAGCAGGUCCGCCUCUCUCAUUUGGUUGGUGAAAUAUCAGCUAUUUUACACGAUCAGCUAUAUUCCAAAAGAGCUUUCGCGACGAGGGAGAAAAAGACAACUUAUGUCAAAGAUUGAGAGAAAUUACACCAAACCUACUUCAAACGUUGGAGAGAAGUAGGAUAAUUCGGUGUCCUGUAGACAGUCGGUCUAACUUAAUAGAGGGAAGACUAGCAGGAUCUGAAAGGGUCCGGACAGUUGUUGGUAUCGCUUCUCCGCUUUUUGGCUGCAUUGUCGCAAAGUGACAAAGGCAGUGUACAGCUUGACGCUUGCGUUUUUCUCCGACCUCGGAAACUGCAGAACCAUGGCCGGCAAAAACCCCAAGGUUUUUAUGGACAUCUCUAUUCGGGAUAAACCCCAGGGUCGCCUAGUGAUGGAGCUAAGACCAGAUGUUGUCCCAAAGACUGCAGAAAACUUCCGUGCAUUAUGCACAGGCGAGAAGGGUUUCGGUUACAAAGGCUCAACGUUCCACAGAAUCAUUCCUGGCUUCAUGUGCCAGGGUGGCGACUUCACAAAACAUAACGGCACUGGAGGCAAGUCCAUCUAUGGGGAGAAGUUUAAGGAUGAGAAUUUUCAGCUGAAGCACACGGGGCCGGGCAUCCUGUCCAUGGCCAAUGCUGGACCAAGUACAAAUGGUUCCCAGUUCUUCAUAUGCAUCACAGGGAGCAGCUGGUUGGAUGGGAAACAUGUUGUGUUUGGAUCUGUGGUAGAAGGAAUGGAUGUGCUAAAGAAGAUGGGGAGCUGCGGCACCACGAAUGGAACACCAACAGACACUGUUAAAAUCACUGAGUGUGGGCAGUUGUCCUGAAGUAUUUGAAUUUGGAAUUGUACUGUUUAAAUAAAGUGUGAUUGUUUGGAACUCCAAAAAAAAACAAAAAAAAAAAACGCCCGGUGCUACUGGCAGAUCAACUCGGUGAAAGACGCUCUUGGUCGGCCCGAAACUUGAUGAUCUACCAGAUGUCCAGUGUAGACAGGAAAACCUGGAUAAAUGGUCGAUGGACCAGACCUUGAACCGGAAUACGGUCUUUUUGGACCGGACGAUGACAACAUAUUUUGGUCUUGUUCUAUACAGGAACAGUACUGGAUGUCAGUUUUUUCGACAAUUUCUAAAGCACUUAAAAUUAAUUUACAACUUAGCAAAUUAACUGUGCUUUUUGGAAUAAUUCCUCAAAAUAUCCGUGAUAUCUCUAUGUCUGACCAUCAUGUUAUUGCAUUUGUUACAUUGAUAGCUAGGAGGGUCAUUUUGUUGAAGUGGAAGGAUACAUCAGCUCCCACUUUGUCACAAUGGUUCUCUCCAGUGAUGCUAUGUCUUAGUUUAGAGAAAAUUAGAAGUCGAACCUUUGAAACUUUAUUUGAUUUAGAGAAAAAAUGGGGUUCAUUUGCUCGUUAUUAUCAUUUGAGUUAAUUGAUAGAUUUCCUCCAUGAUCUAAUUGUAAAUUUUUGGUAUUUUUUUUUUCUUGCUGGCGGUUUGAUGUUUAUUUUUAGAGGCUUUUUGUAUUACGCAUGGCUCCGGGUUGUACACCUGAUGGGGUUUUAUCCCACUUUUUCUGCUUAGCAGGUUUUUUUAAAAUUAUCAGCAAAAUUUUUCAAUCUUUAAAAUAAUGUUUUUUUUUCCUUUAGACAUUGUAAGUGUUGCUUAAUUUGAUGUACUCGUAUUAUUUUUGAAUAAUAUAAUAAUAAUAAUAAAAAGAUUUGAAAAGAAAAAAAAAAGAAACUGCCGAGAUACAGUCGGCUAUGAACCAAGUGCUGAUAAAUGGGACCAGUGUAGAAUUGAUGAAGUUCCUGUCUCUUUCUACAUUAAUGUUUCCUGCUUAUGGCAGAACUAACCCUCUCACUGUGUCAGAAUCAGUGUUUAAAUCCGUCCCCAAACACUGUGUUUUCACCCCUGCACAUUGUAACUUGAACCAUCUCACUGAGGGUCUGAUGGAGACACAACCCCUGCCCUCUGCACAUGUGAACACAUCUCCCCUGCUUCUGACAUUUCAAAUAACCUCAGAAUUGUUUUCUGAUUCAGUCUGAAGGUUAUGACAAAUUCAGCUCGUCGUCAGACCUGACAAACCAUGUCUUCCCACAACUGGUUCCACCUGUUGGUGUGUCCUCUUUCCUCCAUCUCCAGGGAAACUGAAUCUCCACACAAACCCCUCACUUGAGACGACUGUCUGUACCCGUGACACAGGAAAUCACAUGACUGUCACUCUCCUGAUACCAUCCGGGAAACGGUACUGCAACAUAAAAGCCAGGACCAACAGGCUCCGGGACAGCUUCUUCCACCAGGCCAUCAGAUUGAUGUACCAACGCUGAUCUGAGUGUACUCUAUAUUACAUUGUCUGUUUUAUUUAUUAUAAACUAUUAUAAAUUACUAUGAUUGCACGUUGCACAUUUAGAUGGAGACGUAACGUAACGAUUUUUACUCCUGAUGGAUGUAAGAAAUAAAGUCAAUUCAAUUCAA